CGGUCGCGCUCCCUCUCUCGGUUGCCGAUUCAUGGCGGCGGCGGCAGCGGUCGUGGUCUCGACGAUGGCCGGGGCCGGAGGCGGCGGGGGGCCGGUGCUGAACGGGGCGGAGGCGGGCGCCGCGGGGCUGAAGGAGGCGGCCGGCAUGUACGAGCAGCUGCGGGCUGAGUGGAACCGCAAGAACCUCAACCUGGGCAAGUGCGGAGACCUCCUGGGGCGCCUCAAGUUGGCCCUGCUGGAACUCAACUUUCUGCCCACCUCAGGCACAAAACUGACUAAACAGCAGCUUAUCUUGGCAAGGGAUAUUCUAGAAAUAGGAGCCCAGUGGAGCAUCCUGAAGAAAGACAUCCCCUCUUUUGAGAGGUACAUGGCUCAGCUCAAGUGCUACUACUUUGAUUACAAGGACGAGCUGCCGGAGUCGGCCUAUAAGCACCAGCUGCUGGGCUUGAACCUCCUCUUCCUGCUCUCCCAGAACCGUGUGGCUGAGUUCCACACGGAACUGGAGCGGCUGCCAGCCAAGGACAUCCAGACCAACGUCUACAUCAAGCACCCGGUGUCUCUGGAGCAGUACCUAAUGGAAGGCAGCUACAACAAAGUCUUCCUGGCAAAAGGCAACAUCCCUGCGGAGAGCUAUGCUUUCUUCAUCGACAUCUUACUGGAUACGGUCAGGGACGAAAUUGCCAGCUGCAUCGAGAAGGCGUAUGAGAAGAUCCUAUUCAACGAAGCCACUCGAAUGCUCUUCUUCAACCCCAAGAAGAUGACAGACUACGCCAAGAAGCGCGGCUGGAUCCUGGGUUCCCACAACCACUAUUGUUUCGUUGGCCAGCAGCACAAGCCCGAAGAUGCCACCAUCCCGUCGACGGAACUCGCCAAACAAGUGAUCGAAUAUGCUCGGCAGCUGGAGAUGAUUGUCUAGCGGGUGGUUGCUCUCGUGGCCUGGGACUGUGGGUUGUUCACCCUUCCUUUUUUUUUUUUUUUUACUCCAGUUCUCAUUUAAUGGGCAACCUUUUGAAGUAUAUGCAGAGGUUUGAUUCUCUUCCCCCACCCCCACCCCUUCCAUGGGACACUGGAGUAAAAGUGGUGAAUGAGCAGACAGAUGGCGUAGUUUCUUACUCCUGUGCAAGGAGCCUUCCUGGAUGGAGCAGAGGACCGAUUGAUGUUGGCACUCUGUGACCUCCCUUUUUAUAAUUGUCACGUACCAGCCUGUCAUUUGCUCCUGUUUGGAAAUGGUGCCAGACGGUUCUAGUUGCACCUAGAAUUGCAAUUUCUCCCCUUUCUGGUCAACGCAAGGUUAAACUUGUCUCCCUGACUGGUGAUCUCAGCCUUUUUAUUAUUGUUGUUGUUGUUAUUGUUUGGUUAACGGCCAUUUUUCAGUGAAAUCCUCCAUUAUGAGGAGAGUCACGGGUUAAAUAAACACACCAUUUCUUCUACAAA